AUGAUCAAAGCAAUCUUCUACAGCAAAUUCGAUACUCAGGAGGGUAAGUUGGGUCCAUCCUCCUCCCCAGAUAUGUGGGAAGUCUCACAAGAAACUUCCGCAGGUCCGAAAGUCGUCCAUCAAGUCCCGGAUGGUGCUAUCGUUCCCUCCGCGACCGCGCCUGGACAGCCCCUCUUCCUGACCUUCGCCGACGUCUCGUUCUUCGUGAUUCCUCGACAGGAGCUCUGCGGCAACUUGCUGCAGGUAUGCACCAAUGGAUACCGAAUUCUAGGCUACCCGAUUUGCAUGAAGUCCGCCCGCUACGACCGCAAUGAAUUUAUCUUCAACUUUUGUCUGGUGUUGGCCGAGGAGGACGAUUUCAGCACGUACCGUAGUGUGGUGCAAAAGAUCGCCGAUUUGAUGCAUGCACUGGAGGAACAGAACGGAUUUUUAUCUCGGGAUUUCUCGAAGAGCGGCGAGGGAAAGGUGCACAGCCUUUGCGAGAUGUUGAUGGAAGACCUCAACAACUAUUGCGAAUGCAUGAUUCCUAUCGAUGAACUGAACACGCUAAACAUCAAGCUAUUCCCCAUCUACCCAUCUCCGCCGGCUGUCAAGUCAUGGCAUGUGCCUCUCUUUACUGUCCGAUAUCAGGCUUUCAUGGAUGAGAAUUGGGAUCUGACUCUUCAACGGAUUGUACCACAUAUCAACGGUGUCAAUAGCGUUCGCAUCAUUUCUGUUCUCGCCGACACGGACUUCUCCCUCACUUGCCGCGCAAUUCGGCAUCUCCUCUACUAUGGCUGUCUAUUCAUCCUAGAUAUCUUCUCAUUCGGUGCAAUUUAUGCACCCACGGCACAAUUCAGCACAACCAUCUCCUCCGACGAGGCUAUGCAGCUUGAAUGUGCCCGCUAUGUGAACACACGCUUUGCGCCACAUUCUCCUAUUGGACCUAACACACCGCUGCCCGCAGUACCAGCAGCAGGGAGUGGCGGGAGCGGUGGUGGUGUCGGUGUACUGGCAGGCUCACUCACCGAACCACCCGCCAGUCUAUCCCGUGACGAAUCCCGCUUCGAUGCAGAAGAGAUAUGGCCACUGCUGGGUGAACCCGACGAUUCGGAUUCCGAUGAUGCAGCGAAGGCAGUGCACAGUUCUACUUCAGCUGAUGCUCAUGUAUCACCACCAGGACAAGGGCCUCGGGUCGUUGACGGCGUGGGUAUUGUGGAGCUCUAUGCAAGCCUAAAGCAAGGCCAGAGCGUCAAGCAGUGGUAUUCAACCCACUACCGUGAGCUAGCCAACAUCGAUAUCCGACGCUUUAUUACAUUCGGCGUGAUUAAGGGUUUCCUCUACCGCGUCCAUAAAUAUGCCUGUGCAACGGGGCAGCCGGCCCCGCCAGCUCGUUCUUCAUCAAUGCUCCAGAUCCAUAGCGGAACUGGACCGUCCUCCCGUGCCACGACUGGCAACAAUACCCCUUAUUCUGCAUCCAGCGUUGCCGAGGAUGCACCCAUCUCAACACGCGGAGAUGCAAGCCGGGAGCGCUCCGGGUCGUUUCACGGUGGAAGUCGCAAUGGGUUCGGCAAUGGUGGUACAUCUUCAGGGCUCUUCGAGUACGAAGAGGAUGAAAUCGACGACCGAAAGCUUUCAAAAUACUUGGACGGCACGCAUUGCUUUGACCAGAUUUGUACGGAGCUGGAGAUCAGUGAGCGGGAGUUGACGGCUCGGCUGAAGCGGUAUCCCGGCGAAGUGCUGAUUCUCCAUCGAUGA